AGGGCUGUCAAAGGAUUAACACAUUUUAACUGUAAUUAAUCUCUUUAUUUCAAUAGUUAAUCAGGAUUAAUCGAACUUUAAUCACAUGUUUGAAAUUCUAUAAUUUUGCAUUUAAAAAUAGAAAUCGUUUUUCAAAUGAUAUUUAAAAUGUUUAAAUUGUUUUAAGCUGUGAGUUAUUUACCUGCUCAUUGAAUUCAACCCUGCUUUACUUUUAGAAGUACGGACCUUCUGCUAGAUCGAAGGUUAACACUUUAACUUUAAAAACAUAAAAAAAGGAACUCGUUAAGGAUCCAAAACUGAAGGAAAAAAGCUCAAAAGAAACGGUAACAAAGGAAAAUGUUUGAUGUCAUAACGUGGAUAUUACUUUUGACUCGUGAGCCGAGCUGCCUGAGAGUUUUUAUAAGUGAAAUGAGACGUUCAAAGACACAGCAGUGUCCUUCUUUUCCAUCACAGAGACUACAGGGAGACACUGCAGAGGUGUAUCCACGCUGCGCCUAAAGGGACAAAAUAGAAUCUGAAAAAAGAGAAACAGACAAGAUCAGCGUCAGAAGUACGGGAAAUCCUCGACUCAGUUUGAGACAUGGAGUCUCUCACACUUCAGAGAAGCAACCAAUCUGAACAAUGUGAUGAAACCGACGCUCACCCAGGCGAUUACAAGACGCACAUUCACACUGAAGAGAAACCAUACCAGUGUCAGCAUUGUGAGAAGACUUUCAGCGUCUUGUGUUAUUACAAGAGGCACCAGCUUAUUCACUCCAAAGAGAAGCCGUAUCAGUGUGAUCAAUGCGGGAGCUCUUUCAGUUUCUUGUGUACUUACACGGAGCAUCAGCGCAUCCACACCGGAGAGAAGCCUUACCAGUGUGAGCUGUGUGAGAAGGGUUUCAGUACGUUGAGAAACUACAAGAGACACAUGGGAAUCCACAGCGGAGAAGAGAAGCCCCACUGCUGCGACCAAUGUGGGAAGAGUUUCCGUUUCCUCAGCGAUUUCAAGAGACACAUGAAAAGCCACACCGGAGAGAGGCCGUACCAGUGUGAACUUUGCGGGAAGAGACUCUGUUUCCUCGCUGAUUACAAGAGGCACAUGCGUAUCCACACAGGAGAAAAGCCGUACCAGUGUGACCAGUGUGAGAAGAGCUUUGGUUGCGGAAGUCACUUCAAAAAGCACAUGCGUAUCCACACCGGAGAGAAGCCGUACCAGUGUGUGUACUGUGAAAAACAAUUCGCUAACUCCAGUAACUGUACCAAGCACCUGCGCACGCACACGGGUGAGAAACCGUAUCAGUGUGAACAAUGUGGGAAGAAAUACGCUCACAUAAGUAGUUACCAUGAACACGUGCGCUGCCACACCGGAGAGAAACCGUACUGGUGUUCUGCAUGUAAAAAGUUGUUUGCCAGGUCCAGCUCCUUGAGGACACAUCGCUGUAUUGAUGUUGACAAAGAGACGGACUGUGGAAGUGGAAGUGUCCCAUCAUCCAGCUCGGAGUGAUGAUGGCAGAGCCCACAAAUGGGAUGCUGGAAUUAUUAUGCUGAUCAAAAAAUAAUUAAAAAAGAAGGCAUGACAUGUUCUCCAUCUUAUCUUAAAAUCACGUCAGACCUUCAUUGAUAUGCUGCCAAGAAUGGUUCAUCUACUGUGAAGAAAGUUGUUUGUUAGGUACUAAAUCAUUCUGUACAAGCAUUGCAUAGACUGGCAUUCUUAUCUUUACCAGAUCCAGGAUGUUACGCCGAACUUCCACCAGAUAUUUGUGCAUUGCGUGUCCGCUCCGUUCCAUUACAUCUCCAUGCACCCUCAGCCGUCAACACCCACCGGCUGCGUUCUCUGCUCAGUCGUAGUGCCGAGACAAAGGAGUUCCUGCGGUAUUGUUACAGAUUCACUCGCGGCAGCCCGAGAUAACACGAUGUAUGUGGUAUAAAACUCUAUAUAAACACAUUUUGUUUUUGUCACAGUGUUUUAUUCUGAAAAUAAAACAGAUGUUUUAAUGUUG